UCGACCAUCUUCAGCACCAGUCCCACACCCCCACUCUCUCUCCCUCGCUCUCUCUCUUCUCUCAGACUGUCUCUCUCUCUCUCCGCACAUGCAGAAGAAUUGUUCUCCAUGAGUCGCAGCGCUUCUCUCACGGUUGGAUUUCUGCGUUUUUGAUUCUCCUCAAACACUUCGUUUGAUAAGCCUUGGUUUUUGAAAGAAGCUGAAAAAAAUGACUCAAAGCGCUUUGGUUUUUUUAUUAUGGCUAUUCGGCACGUCUCUCGCUGGCUUCCCCAAUCAGAUAAAUAUUGGUGGACUCUUCAUGCGUUCCACCGUUCAAGAACACAGCGCAUUCAGAUUCGCUGUGCAGCUCUACAACACCAAUCAGAACAUGACUGAGAAACCCUUCCAUCUCAAUUACAACGUAGAUAACCUGGAGUCCUCCAACAGCUUCUCUGUCACUCAUGCAUUUUGUUCGCAGUUCUCCAGAGGGGUGUAUGCCAUCUUUGGCUUUUAUGACAAGAAGUCUAUGAACACACUGACCUCCUUCUGUGGGGCCCUCCACACCUCCUUUGUCACACCCAGUUACCCCAUCGACUCAGAUGUGCAGUUUGUCAUCCAAAUGCGCCCUCCAUUGAAGGGUUCUGUCUUAAGUCUUCUCUCUCACUACAAGUGGGACAAGUUUGUCUACCUCUAUGACACAGACAGAGGAUUUUCCAUUCUUCAAGCCAUUAUGGAAGCAGCAGUAGCAAACAACUGGCAAGUUACAGCACGGUCGGUGGGAAGCAUAACGGACCCCCAAGAGUUCAGGCGCAUCAUUGAGGAAAUGGACAGGAGACAGGAGAAGCGCUACCUCAUUGACUGUGAAGUGGAGAGAAUCAAUGUCAUUUUAGAGCAGGUUGUGACACUUGGAAAGAACAGUCGGGGCUACCAUUACAUUAUCGCCAAUCUGGGCUUCACCAACAUUAGCCUGGACAAGGUCUUCCUUGGUGGAGCAAACAUUAGUGGAUUCCAGAUAAUUAAUCCUGAAAACUUAGUUGUACAGCAGUUUCUCCAAAGAUGGGACCGUCUGGAUGAAAGAGAAUUUCCUGAAGCCAGAAACACACCUCUAAAGUAUACUUCAGCGCUGUCUUAUGAUGCUAUCCUGGUCAUUGCGGAGGCUUUUCGGUAUCUGCGACGACAACGAGUAGAUGUGUCCAGAAGAGGCAGUGCAGGUGAUUGCCUGGCUAACCCUGCUGUCCCUUGGAGUCAAGGCAUCGACAUUGAACGAGCUCUCAAAAUGGUUCAAGUACAGGGGAUGACUGGCAAUAUUCAGUUUGACAGCUUUGGUCGCAGAACAAAUUACACCAUUGAUGUUUAUGAAAUGAAAACAGGAGGCCCAAGAAAAAUUGGAUACUGGAACGAGUUUGAGCGGUUUGUUAAUAUAAUGGAUCAGCAGUUCACCAACGAUUCCUCCUCAGUGGAAAACCGAACAAUUGUGGUCACUACUAUUAUGGAAGCACCAUAUGUGAUGUACAAGAAAAACCACAUGCAUCUGGAAGGCAAUGAAAAGUAUGAAGGCUACUGUGUUGAUUUAGCUUCUGAGAUUGCCAAACAUGUUGGGAUUAAGUACAGACUGUCCAUAGUCAUGGAUGGAAAAUACGGUGCCCGUGACCCUGAAACCAAGACUUGGAAUGGGAUGGUGGGUGAACUUGUCUAUGGGAGAGCCGAUAUAGCUGUUGCACCAUUAACAAUCACUCUUGUGCGAGAAGAAGUAAUUGACUUUUCUAAGCCCUUUAUGAGUUUGGGCAUCUCCAUUAUGAUCAAGAAGCCUCAGAAGUCCAAACCUGGUGUAUUCUCUUUCCUGGACCCUCUGGCAUAUGAGAUUUGGAUGUGUAUUGUUUUUGCCUACAUCGGCGUCAGUGUGGUGCUUUUCCUAGUGAGCCGCUUCAGCCCCUAUGAGUGGCAACUGGAUGAGACUGAUGAAGUCAAAGACCCCCAGACCCCUCCAGACCCGCCUAAUGACUUUGGGAUUUUUAACAGCCUAUGGUUCUCUCUUGGGGCCUUCAUGCAGCAGGGCUGUGAUAUCUCACCAAGGUCCUUAUCGGGCAGAAUAGUGGGAGGUGUCUGGUGGUUCUUCACCCUCAUCAUAAUCUCGUCCUACACAGCUAACCUAGCUGCUUUCCUCACUGUAGAGAGGAUGGUCUCUCCCAUAGAGAGUGCUGAAGAUCUAGCUAAACAAACAGAGAUUGCAUAUGGAACCCUGGACUCAGGAUCAACCAAAGAAUUUUUUAGGCGGUCAAAAAUAGCAGUGUAUGAAAAAAUGUGGUCAUACAUGAAAUCGGCUGAGCCAUCUGUCUUUGCCAAGACCACACCGGACGGCGUGGCACGGGUACGAAAGUCGAAGGGAAAGUUCGCAUUUCUUCUUGAAUCCACCAUGAAUGAAUACAUUGAGCAGAGGAAGCCCUGCGACACGAUGAAAGUGGGCGGAAAUCUGGACUCUAAGGGCUAUGGUGUGGCGACCCCCAAAGGCUCAGCAUUAAGAACUCCUGUAAACCUUGCAGUAUUGAAACUCAGUGAACAAGGCAUCUUAGCCAAGCUGAAAAACAAAUGGUGGUACGAUAAGGGUGAAUGUGGAACCAAGGACUCGGGAAGUAAGGACAAGACAAGUGCACUGAGCCUGAGCAAUGUUGCUGGUGUCUUCUAUAUACUGGUUGGUGGACUAGGGCUUGCCAUGAUGGUGGCUUUGAUAGAGUUCUGUUACAAGUCACGUGCAGAAGCUAAACGGCUGAAACUUGAAAAAAAUACCCAAAACUAUAAGCCAGCACCACCAGCCAACACCCAAAACUUUGCCACAUACAGAGAAGGCUACAACGUUUAUGGAACAGAGAGUGUUAAAAUCUAAUGAUGGGCAGCAUGGUGUUAUGAUAAAGACAAAGACACCCUUCCAGAGACAGCUGGAUCUUCAUGAGGCGUCACUUACGCCCUACACUCUCUCCAUGCACAUCAUUCUCCAGCAUGCUAAUCUAAGACUGCGACUGUCGCAAGAUUUGGGAAUAAAUUGGAAUUGGAAUUCUUCAGUGCCUUACAGAAUAUUCAGAGUAUCACACUGAUGCAAACUCAUCACAGAAACUUUGCAUCACUCCUGUCACACAAACCAACUGAAUGACAUCAUCAUAUAUAUAAACACAAACACACAAUAUAUAU